AUGACCCAGCAUCGUCAUCAGCAGCAGCUUGAUCGUCAGAAGCAGCAUCUGCAAGCUACAAAAGCAGCAUCCUCAGCAUCUUCAGCAAGAAGCAUCAUCAGCAUCAUCAUGGCCGGUUCUACAAAAGAAAGUCUUCCAUCUCUGCAAACCAACUACAAACCGCUGGGCAAAGAGGUGAAAGUCAAGGACUUGGAUGCGUACUUGGUUGGCCAGGGUACCAGAGCACUGAUUCUAGCCUAUGACAUUUUUGGAUUUGGUGUAGCGAACAGCAGAGCAAGAGCUUUCUGUGACCAACUGGCUAAUGAAGGGUUCCUGGUGCUCAUGCCUGACUUCUUCCGAGGCACAGCGUGGCCGGCGGGCAAACCGGUCGAUGACGGCAUGGUGACUUGGCUUCAAACCAUUCCAGACACCCAACUCAUUGACGACGUCCACUCCAAGAUCAUCCCAUAUCUUCGCCUACAGCACAGUGUCAAGUCCAUCGGCAUGGCUGGCGUCUGCUGGGGCGGCUGGCUGGUUCAGAGAGUGUCGUCCUUAGUCGGUGCCCUGUCCUGUGGCGUGUCCUACCAUCCGAGCUUGCAAAUGGAGGAGACAGUCUAUGGCGGUAGCGUGGACAAGAUUUUGAGCGAUGUCAAGUGCCCGCAGCUUCUCAUGCCCACCGGGAACGAUCCUAAAAUGGCGCAGGAAGGUGGUCAGGUGAUCACAAAGCUGAAAGGCUCAGACAUUGAGCGUGUGCGCGACGGCAGCCACAUUCACGCCUUCCCCGACAUGGUGCACGGCUUCAUGAUGAAGGCGACGGUGGAUAUUAGUGACGAGAAGGUAAUUCGUGACGCCACUUUAGCGUUCCGUCUGUCCGUUGACCACUUCAAUAAGUACCUGGUGGAGGAGCCUAGUUAUGAACAUGUUGCUCCCUCGGUCGCAACUAUUCAUACACCCCAGUUAGUCCAAGUCUAA